AUGGAAAUGAGAAUAAAAAGACAAAUAAAAAUAUGGAGAUUAAUGCCAACACACGACCUAAGCUCUUUAUGCUUCUCUUUUCUUCUUCGACUUUUGAGCUUCAAGUCUUUCGGUUACGGUUCGCAUAGAAAGAUUCUAUCUUCUCAAGAUUUGAUCGGUUACUUCAAAUCUUCUUCUUAUUAUCUACAUUCAACCACCAAUGCCCACCACUUCGUAGUUGAAGAACAAUAUCAUCGGAAAACAAAUUACAAAACAAAAACAAAUCAAGAUAUUCCACGACAGAAUAUUGUUGGCUAA